AAUUGCCAUCAUACAAACUGAGGCAGCAGAUCUUUUGGCCACGACUGAAUGUGAGGCCUUUGAGACAUCAUACUAGAUAUGUUGACUUGCUGGUCAAGGGAAAUGCAAGUUUACUUCUUUGAGUUGUUGUGUUAGAGGCGCUAAGCCUUGUGGGAUAUUACUGAAUGUGAACUCAGAAACCGUAAUUCCAGAACAGUCCCACUGUUGUAAUAGUGUGAUGUGUAUCUUCUGACAGACUCUAUGCUGAGUAAAGUCAUGUUUUUAUCCUAAAAUGUUUUUCUACCAGAACCAAAGUGUGGAUGCAGUCACUAUUUAGAGCAGUCUAAUCUCAUUAACCCAGAACUAUAAUCUUGUGUGAUUAAGUUCUGGGUCCAUAUGUGUUAGAAACUACAGUAGUGAAGAAGUUCAGUGAUGUUCCACAGUGCCAGAAGUUCUUCCUGGAGGGGACAACUCCAAAUCUCCCAGGUAUUUUGGUUGGUGGGACGGUCCAGAACCAGAACCGCUACAAGCCGAUUUGCCAGUUGUUCAACAACAUCUACAGGUUUGCAACUCUCUACGACACGACCAACAGGAUCCCUGUGUUCUCAGCCUACACCUUCUGUGGUCCUCCUACAGACACCAGACCACAUCAACCCUGGAUGAUGGAGCCCCAGCUCAACGGGGAAAACAACAGCCCUGAAAUGAAGAUUAUGGGAGAACACUCUCAACACCAGGCUGGGAACUACGACUAUAUUAACUCAAUACAAAAUAAAGGGGUGAACAGAGGUCAUCUCUUCCCAAAUUCACAUGCUCAUGACCUUGAUACUCAGAAGUCCACCUUUACCCUGACCAACAUCGUUCCCCAGGUGGUGUCCUUCAACAAUGGCAGCUGGAGAGAAAUGGAGGAACAUGUCAGAGAAAAGCUGAUGACGGACUGUUUUAGUAACAACAGGAAGAUAAAGGCCUAUGUGGUGACUGGAGCAGUGCCCAGUAAGAGCAACACACUGAACGACGCACUGAACAACACACUGAAGAACGCACUGAACGACCGAGUGAACAUCCCAGAUCUCAUGUGGACAGCCUACUGCUGUUUGAACAAGAAGAAAAAGUGGAUGGCGGAAGCACACUGGGGGAGGAACAAGAAGGUCAAGAGGAAAACAUUGAAACCAGAAACCUUGGGAGCACUCGAAAAGAAGUUGAGCGAAUUUCACCAAGGUGGUCGUGUCCAGGUGUUCCCAAAGGAUUGUCCAAGAGGUCCUAAACCUACCACUCCCUCUAACCAACCCAGUUGGAAGAAUUCUCUUAAAAUAAUUUCUUCCAAAGUCAGGAAUCUUUACAAUUCCAUGAUGAAUAGAAUUGGAUGAUCAAGGUACAGAUGCUCAGACUAUAUCAACAAAUGAUCAACUAAACUCUGUUGAAAUGAUGUUGAUAUGCAACCACUUGUUAUGGUGAGAGUAAUGAUAAGGGUUAUAGUGGUUAUAGUGGUAAUCAGGGUUAUAGUGGUUAUAGGGGUUAUAGUGGUAAUAAGGGUUAUAGUGGUUAUAAGGGUUAUAAGGAUUAUAGGGGUUAUAGGGGUUAUAAGGGUUAUAGUGGUUAUAGGGGUUAUAAGGUUUAUAGUGGUAAUAAGGGUUAUAAAGAUUAUAGGGGUUAUAAGGGUUAUAGUGGUAAUAAGGGUUAUAAGGAUUAUAGGGGUUAUAGUGGUAAUAAGGGUUAUAGUGGUUAUAGGGGUUAUAGUGGUAAUAAGGGUUAUAGUGGUUAUAGUGGUUAUAGUGGUAAUAAGGGUUAUAGUGGUAAUAAGGGUUAUAAGGAUUAUAGGGGUUAUAAGGGUUAUAGUGGUAAUAAGGGUUAUAGUGGUUAUAGUGGUUAUAGGGGUAAUAAGGGUUAUAGGGGUUAUAGGGGUUAUAGUGGUUAUAGUGGUUAUAGGGGUUAUAGUGGUUAUAGUGGUUAUAGUGGUAAUACGGGUUAUAGUGGUAAUCAGGUUAUAAAGAUUAUAGGGGUUAUAAGGGUUAUAGUGGUAAUAAGGGUUAUAGUGGUUAUAAGGGUUAUAGUGGUAAUAAGGGUUAUAGUGGUUAUAAGGGUUAUAGUGGUAAUAAGGGUUAUAGUGGUUAUAGUGGUUAUAGGGUUAUAGUGGUUAUAGUGGUAAUAAGGGUUAUAGUUGUUAUAGUGGUUAUAGGGGUUAUAGUGGUUAUAAAGGUUAUAGUGGUAAUCAGGGUUAUAGUGGUUAUAGUGGUAAUCAGGGUUAUAGUGGUAAUAAGGGUUAUAAGGAUUAUAGGGGUUAUAGGGGUUAUAAGGGUUAUAGUGGUAAUAAGGGUUAUAUUGGUAAUAAGGGUUAUAGUGGUAAUAAGGGUUAUAGUGGUAAUAAGGGUUAUAGUGGUAAUAAGGGUUAUAGUGGUUAUAGUGGUAAUAAGGGUUAUAGUGGUAAUAAGGGUUAUAGUGGUAAUAAGGGUUAUAGUGGUAAUAAGGGUUAUAGUGGUAAUAAUGGUUAUAGU